AUGGCUUCCUCUCUUCGCGCCCUCCGGCCCGCGGCCGCCACCUUUGCGCGCGCUGCCGCUGUGCGCCCCGCCUCCGUCGCCAGCAGAUACGUCAUUGCCUUUUCGCGAUCGGCCAGCAACGACAGCACAGAUAACCAGCAAAAGAAGGACCUCGACGUCGGCGAACUGCAAGGCGCCACCUUCAAGAUCGAGCCGCUCCGGAGAGUCGGCGAGGACCCCGCCACCAUGCGGGCGCGUCUUCUCUACCAAUCUCGCAAACGCGGCACCCUCGAAUCCGACCUGAUCCUCUCCACCUUCGCCGCCUCCCACCUCGGCUCCAUGACGCCCGAACAACUCAAGCAAUACGAUCUGUUUCUUGACGAAAACGACUGGGACAUUUACUACUGGGCCACUCAAGAACCCCCCUUGCCCGGUCAGGAGAACCAACAUCUCCAAAACUCCGAGGAGGCGUUGUCAGAGAAGGAACAGUUGCCGCCUAACCCGCGCGCGGGCGAGUGGGCACAGACGGUCGGCACCUUCAAGCCGGCGUACCGCCCGGUCCCGGCUAGGUGGAAGGGCAGUGAGAUUUUGGAAUUGUUGAGGACGCAUGUCAAGGAGAGGGGGAUGGGCAGUAAGGGGGGGAUGGCGUUCAUGCCGAGGUUGGAGGAGUAUAAGUGA